UGAUUUUUUUUCUCUAAAAAUUUUUUUGUUUACAUGAAGCAAUUUUGUUAUUUUCUCUCAUUAACAAUUAGUUAUAACCUUUUAAUUGUGUUUAAUUAAACUGAGUGUAUACAGUUUAAGGUAAUUAAGCCUAAUGGAUAAUUCAAAUUGGUGGAAACACGUUAUCGCUGGUGCAUUUGCUGGUGGUGUUUCGAGAACGGUAACCGCUCCAUUAGACAGAAUUAAGGUUCUCUUACAGGUCCAAGGGGCUCAAUUAGUCAGUAUAAGAGGUUGUUAUUAUUAUAUGAUUAAAGAGGGGGGUGUUAAAUCGUUCUGGAUGGGAAAUGGUAUAAAUGUGAUGAAAGUAGCUCCAGAAAAUGCCUUGAAAUUUACUUUCCAUGAUCAGAUUAAACUUCUCAUGCAUGAUCAGAUGAAAACUGAACUUGGCUUUAUAGAGAGAUUCAUUUCCGGGUCCAUUGCUGGAUCUUUUUCUCAGACUGUGAUAUACCCGAUGGAGGUUUUAAAAACUCGUUUCUGUCUUCGUAAAACUGGACAAUAUAAAGGCCUUUGGGAUGCCAUAGUUAAGAUUUACACAACUGAAGGAGUUCGUGCUUUCUAUAAAGGUUAUAUUGCCAAUCUUCUUGGGAUCAUACCUUACGCUGGAAUAGAUUUAGCCACUUAUGAGACCUUGAAAAGAAUGUACAUUCAAAGACAUCCAGGGAACCCACCAUUAGGACUUUAUCUUGUCUGUGGGACUGUCAGUAAUAUAACGGGUGUUUGCAUCGUCUACCCAUUAACACUAAUAAGAACUCGUUUACAAGCUCAAACAUCUGAUUCAGUUUUACCUAUUUUAAUGGUAUUCAAGAAAAUCAUCGCCGAGGAAGGUUACUUUGGAUUAUAUCGAGGAAUAUUACCCAAUUUUCUCAAAUGUACUCCAGCAGUUAGCAUUAAUUACUUUAUUUAUGAAUUUACACGUAUUCUACUCGGAGCUGAAAUGUCUUGACGACACUUAGUCAUAGGACCUUUGACAUCUUUUUCCAUUUUGCUGUUAAUUUAUUCACCUUUAUAUUGUUUCCUUUUUCUCUUACUUUCGUUUUCCUCCACAAUGGAUUUCAAAUGAAACAAGCAAGAGGUGCGAAUCUAAAUUAUACAGAUGACCAACGAAUUAAGUUGAUUAAUUAAAUGUAAAUAUUUCUACAGGUUUUUCCUCAUCCUGUGAAUUGAGGGACAAGUAAAAUGAGAUGAAAAGUCUUUCUUGUGAAAUAAAGCGAUAUGUUUUCUGAGCUUUUCUAAAGAUGA